AUGGCAAUACCAUUGAUAAAUUUAUUGGAACAAGUCCACUGGUCUAUCCUGUGCUUGCCGCUGUCACAUGCCCAGAUGCUUGCAGCAAACCAUGUAAAAAACGCAAGAUCGGUGUUUGAUAUGGGUGAGAUUUUCAAGAAGUAUGAAUUUGAUGAAAAUUCGUCACCUUUAGGAGGCCACAUCGAAUACCCUGUUGUAACAGACGCUCCUCUGGAAGUGUUGGCUUUUAUACAUAAGAGCUUUAUAAAUAGUAACGUUAAUUUGACUGAAGAACAACGAAUUGCCAUGUGUAAUGAACGUCUACAAUUUGUUGGUGAAAAUUGGUUGAACGCAUUAGUUUCCUAUGUUCUAUACAGAAAAUAUCCAUAUACAAACGAAGCUACUUUGACAAGAAUGAAGCAGUGUAUUAUCAACAACAGUAAUUUGGAAAGACUCUAUGAAAAAUUGGGCUUCAAAGAAAAACUACUUGAAAAUAUUCCUCCUGCUGCAUUAAAUAAGAAAGAAAAGAAAGAGAAGCAAUAUGCUGGCUGUAUGGAAGCUUAUAUUGGAGCUUUAGCGGUUGAUAGAUUUGGUGUGGACUUCGAAGAACUUGCUAAUUGGAUCGAAGAGCUGUCAAAUGAACAUUUGGUGGACGAAACUUCACAAUUGCAAUCCGUCAAUAAAAAUGCCAAGAACGAAUUAGCCAAAAUUCUACAGUUUAAUGUGUUACAAAAAAAAAUCUCAUAUAGAAUUCUGUCUAAGAACUCUCCAUAUAAUGUGAGGGUAGAACUGGGUGAGUAUAUAUUAGGGGAAGGAACCGGAAUUGAUAUCAAGGACGCUGAGCAAAGGGCUGCUAUGGAUGCUCUAAGUAAUUUUGAGUUAUUGGAACAAUUAUCAUCACACGAGAUAAGCAACGAAUCAACUCCUUCAUCUGCUUCUUCAUUAAAUAAAGAUGAAAUGUUUGCUCCAAGAAAUGAGCCAAGACAAACUACACAAAAAUUAAAAAAGAAAGAGAACUAUAGAAAUCUAUCUAAUUUAGUACCAAAAUCGAAAAAAGUUCCCGAAAGAAGAACUGCCACUACCUCAAACAGUGUUAAGACAUUCAAUAGUAGUGCAAGACAAUACAAAGAGAAAAAUGAGGAUUUUAACAGAACUAAUAAGUUUAAUGAACCUUCUAAAGGCAAUAGAGACACAGCAAAAAGAAAUAUAAGAACAAAAAGUAAACCCAUGUUUUUAGAUCCAGCGUUAGAUGCUAAUAAUAGGGAUAGAUCGUCAAGGACCCAAAAUAGCUCGUUGCGUCAGCGUAAUAGUAAUGAUGGAACUUCCAAAUACUCGUCGAAAAAAGGUGCUCAACAUUAUGAUAAGGAAGCAUCGUCGAAAUUGCAUACACUUCUUGCAAAGUGUGAUUGCUACCCAGAGUAUCUGGUCGAAGAAACCGACUCUGGAGAGUUUCAUACUACAUGUAGAAUAAUGGGAGUGGGUACUUUUCUCUCUGAAGGUACUGGGAGAAGUAAGAAAAUAGCACAACAUAAUGCAGCAGCGAGUGCUUUACAAAGCAAGAAUCUAAAGAAAAUCCUGAAUAAGAGAUAA